ACACUCUUGACACUGUUCCACGUCUCCUCUGUCUCUCUCUCGUCUCUCCUCCCUCUUUCUCUCUCCUCUAACACUUGUAAUUUCAAAACCCAAUUUCUUCAUAUUUCACCACUUUUCAUAGAUCGUUUUCUAAAUUCAGGUGUGAAUUUCACUUUGUUUUUUCUUUUUCUGGGUAAUCUCUAAGAAAAUGAAUUCAGGGGAAUUUCUCAGCAUUCAACCCCAAGAACUUCAAUUCCCAUUUGAGUUGAACAAGCAGAUCUCUUGUACCAUGCAAUUGACCAAUCUUACUGACAGCUAUGUUGCUUUUAAGGUGAAAACAACGAAUCCUAAGAAGUAUUCUGUACGGCCAAAUACUGGGAUAGUCUUGCCACAUUCCAACCAUGAUCUCUUAGUGACAAUGCAAGCACAAAAAGAAGCACCUGCUGACAUGCAAUGCAGAGACAAAUUUCUUCUUCAGAGUGUGAUUGCCAGCCCUGAAACUACCAUUAAGGAUAUCACUUCUGAUAUGUUUAACAAGGAAUCUGGGAAUCUUGUUGAUGAGUGGAAAUUGAAAGUCUCUUACGUUUCACCACCACAACCACCAUCAGCUGUACACGAAGGAUCAGAUGAAGGUUCUGUGUCAGACAAUGGGCACAUGGAUACUUUUUCAGCUGCUGCAAUAACCCAUGUUGAGCCGGAAGAUGAUUCACGUCAGGUGAACGCUACUAUUUCUAGGCUGUUGGAAGAGAAAAACUCUGCCAUUCAACAAAAUAAUAAGCUGCAUCAAGAAAUGGAUCAUAUGAGGCGCGAAAUAAGUAAAAAGCGUGCUACUAUCCCAUUCAUGUAUGUCAUCAUUGUUGGGGUUAUUGGCAUAAUGCUGGGAUAUCUUGUCAAGAGAAUAUAAAGUUAAAGCUAUGUGGAGGCUUCAAGUUAAAGCUGCUUAUUCAGUUAUCAUUAUCACUUUAAGAAGAAGCUGACCAGGAAUUUUGGUUUGAUUUGUCUGAUAUGAGCAACUGGUCGGUGUUAGUUCACGUUCUUUAGAUUUUGCAUUUCAAUCAUAUUAUCAUACACAUCAAGUUGUACAAUUAGAUAAAAUAGUUAAACGAUGAUUAACUUUGUCAUUAAGCUGUGCAUUUCUUUGCUAUUACUACAUUGUUUGCUACAAAAGCACCAAAACAUGUACACUAUCUUCUCUCUUUCAUGUUACAACAUUGUUUGCUACAAAAGCAUUAAAACAUGUAUGAUGUAUCUGCUCUGAAGGAGUAUCAUCUCUGCAUUCAAUAAAUACUUCUCAUUGUUGUCCAGAGACUGAAA